CAGCGCCCGGAAAACAGAUGUGCCACUUCAAAUGCAGUAACAUGUACAAAGUGUCUUGCUCUGGGUCCAGAGUGUGGAUGGUGUGCUCAAGAGGAUUUCAUGGCUGACUCAACACAGAAGGGACGCUGUGACACUGUUUUCAACUUACUGAAAAGAGGCUGCCAAUCGGAUUUUGUAGAAAGUCCCACAGUUCAUGUUACAAUACCCAGUGACCAAGAAACAAAUACACAAGUGACUCCAGGAAGAGUUUCAGUCCAACUGCGUCCAGGAAGUGAAGCAAGCUUUAUAUUAAGAGUUCAUCCUCUGGAGAAGUACCCUGUGGAUCUUUACUAUUUGGUUGAUGUCUCAGCUUCUAUGCACAACAACAUAGAGAAACUAAAUUCUGUUGGAUUUGCUUUAUCUAAGAAGAUGGAGAAUAUUUCUCUUGAUUUUCGACUUGGAUUUGGAUCCUAUGUGGAUAAAACAGUGUCACCCUAUAUUAGCAUUCACCCAGGUAGAAUCCAUAACCAAUGCAGCGAUUAUAAUUUAGAUUGUAUGCCACCUCAUGGUUAUAUUCACGUGCUAUCCCUGACUGACAACAUAGCAGAAUUCAGAAAUGCAGUGAAUAAACAAAAAAUUUCUGGGAAUAUUGAUACACCUGAAGGGGGUUUUGAUGCAAUGCUCCAAGCAGCUGUGUGCCAGAGCCACAUUGGAUGGCGCAAAGAAGCCAAGCGACUACUUCUUGUGAUGACAGACCAAACUUCCCAUCUAGCCCUAGAUAGUAAAUUAGCAGGGAUCGUGAUUCCCCACGAUGGAAACUGCCAUUUGAAAGAUAAUGUGUACGUCAAAGCUACGAGUAUGGAGCAUCCAUCUCUUGGUCAGCUCUCUGAAAAAUUGAUUGACAAUAACAUCAAUGUCAUUUUUGCAGUUCAAGGAAGCCAGUUCCAUUGGUAUAAAGAUCUGUUACCUCUGUUGCCUGGUACUGUUGCGAGACAGAUAGAAUCACAAGCAGCAAAUCUCAAUGAUUUGGUGGUAGAAGCUUAUCAGAAACUAAUCUCUGAAGUGAAAAUUCAAGUGGAUAACCAGAUCCAGGAUCUUAAUUUCAAUAUCACUGCAAUGUGUCCUGAUGGAAGCAAAAAAACUGGCAUGGAAGGAUGUAAAAACGUUGGAUAUAAUGAAGAAGUUCUUUUCAAUGUAUCAGUCACAAUGAAAGGAUGUGAUACAACUGGGGGAAGAAAAUAUGCGAUACUUAAGCCUAUUGGUUUCAAUGAAACCACCAUUAUUAAUGUACAGAAAAGCUGUGCCUGUCAGAAUGGAGACAACGCAAAGCCCAAGAGAGUGUGGGUUGAUGAAACCUUUCCUGAUGGCAAACAGCCCCAUUGCAGUGACAGCAGUUGCAGCUACAGCAGAGAGACAUUUCCUUCCGAGGAGUGCAGGAAGCACAAGGACCAGCCCAUCUGCAGUGGCCAAGGAGAUUGCAUAGAGGGAAAAUGUUUCUGCUACAAGAACAAGCUAGGCAGGGUGUAUGGCAAAUACUGUGAAAUGGAUGAUUUUUCUUGCCCAUAUCACCAGGGAAACUUAUGUUCUGGUAAUGGUGAAUGUGAAGCCGGUAAAUGUAAAUGCUUUGCUGAUUGGGAAGGUGACCGUUGCCAGUGUUCAUUACAAUCAGCAAAGCAGUGCCUGAAUUCAAAGGGCCAGAUUUGCAGUGGAAGAGGAAAUUGUGUAUGUGGAAAAUGUGAGUGCACUGACCCAAGAAGCUUUGGCCGUUUGUGUGAAUACUGCCCUGCUUGUAACAAAGCCUGUGAAGAAAACUGGAAUUGUGUUCAGUGCCAUCAUUCUAACAAUGCAUCUCAAGCUAAACUUGACCAGUGUAAAACCUCAUGUGCUUACCUAUUGCAUUAUGUUGACCAAACUUCAGAAUGUUUCUCUGGACGAAGCUACUUUAGAGUAUUUUCCAUAAUCUUUAUAGUUACGUUUCUGAUUGGGUUGCUUGUUGUACUUAUCAUCAGACAGAUAAUUCUGCAGGGAAAUAGCAAUAAAGUUAAAUCUUCAGCUGAUUACAGAGUCUCUGCGACAAAGAAGGAAAAGAUGUUUUUGCCUACUGUUUGUACGAGAACAGUAACAUACAGACGUGACAAACCAGAGGAAAUAAAUAUCGACAUCAGCAAGUUGCGAUUAAAUGAAACUUUCAAGUGUGAAUUCUGAAGACAGUGUGUUUUCUGCAAAUGUCUAUUUCCAUCAUUCUCUACUUUUUAGAAGUUACCACUCUGUCAGAAUCUCGACUGUUGCUGUUUGUGUCAUGCAUUUUGUUGGAUACUGUAACAACGUGACAUGUAAGCAUAUUCACAUAAGGUGACUAUGUCUAAAACUAUAGCUGCUGUUUUUUGGUUUUGUUUUUUUUGUUGUUGUUGUUAUUGUUUUGUUUUUUGUUGUUGUUUUUUAAGAAAAUGUGCGUUACUACUGUUCAGGAACAUUAGUGUUGAUGUAGCACUUUAAUGUAUUCUAAUUUAUUUAGUUCUGGCAUAGAAUGUAGAUACAAACAGAUCUGACAAAGCACUGAUCUCACUCUACUUGUAGUUAGUACUGAUGUGCUCUGUGGGAAUGGACAAAAACUGUGACUGAAAUAUUAACAUUGCUGUAUAUUAUAGCAAUAGGUGAAACUUUUCAAAUGCUCUUAAAUAGAGCUAAUGGUACUUUUAUAGUUCUCUCAGUUGACUAAAUUCCACUGAUUUGUCUGCUUUAGCCUCUUAGCUUUUCCUCAUUGCUUAAUAAAAAUGACUGGAUUAAACGAGUGCUUAGUUACUAGUGUGGGUGUAGGCACACGCACACAGACAAAUAUAUAUGUAGUUUUUUUAUGUGUUAUGUCACCUAGAGAUAAUUUAUAUCUAACAAGGAGUACUUUUUAGCUUUUUUUGCUUUCUUCAAUGUAAAACUUUUAUGUGAAUAUGAAGAUAUUCAAAAAACUGAGUGGCUACAGAAAAUGAGUUCCUCUGUCCACCAGCACCUGUAACCUUCACUGUAACCACUGCCCGCUGACUGCGCCCUUGGAGUCAGCAGCAUCAGCUCCAAUCUGAUAAACUGCAUCAGAGAUGUCUUUGGUUUGCUAGCUACAUGUCAGUGUUUUGGCACGUAAGGACUUGUUCCUUUUGUAUGUCAGGCAUAAGUCUGAUGUUACACACGUGCUCUUUUUCUUUGUAAACUAGUUGACAGGAUUCUUUUUUCUUUCAUUUGGUACUUUACCACUUUAAUUGUUGUUGCUAUGCAUUGAGAAAUGUGACCGGUUUGAUGUGACAAAGAAUCCGCAGUUUGAGAGAAGCUGGGGAACGUAGGAAUCAUUUUCUCAAGAGAACAUAUUAACUGACUUCAUAAAUGUAGAACCAAAUUCUGCCUUCAGUAAUUGGCAAAAUUCUUCUAAACACAGUGGGACCAAUAUAAGCUCGCCUGAAAGCAGAAUUUGAGCUAGAAUUUCUAGCAGAAGCAUUUUCUCACCCUUGAAACUGGUUGUAGUGGUAGAGAGCAGGUUAUUGCUGUACACUAAUGAGAAGAAUUAACCAGCACGCUGGUUUACUUACAUUAUGUUGCCAAGAUCCUAAGAAAUUCUGAUCAGUGUCUGUGAAAUAUGCACUAAAAUCUUGGUGGUGGAAAAAAAAAAAAAAGAAAAAGAAAAAGAAAAAGCCUGUCUCCUAGGACAUUAUGCAGUGUGUCAUUUUAACAGUUGUAAUUACUGGUACUAAAUAUUGAUCUGUAAUUGCCAGAGGUAAGAGUUGCAGAAACAAAGCAGGACCUCCUUACAUGAAAUUUGGUAGCAAUUGGUAUAUAGUAGUAUUUCCUAUUCAGUAUUCUGUAAAUUCCUACAGGUAAAAGGAGGGGAGGAUGCGGAAUAAAUAAUUAUUAUUUGAGCGUUCACAAUGAAUAUUUUGGAUCAUGCAAAAAAAAAAAAAAAAAAGAGUUUUAAAUUAGCCUUUUAAUUGUUUCUGAAGCAAUCCUCAGAAUAGUCCCUUAGCUUCCCACCAUUCAGGUAAAAGUGUCUCAUUUAAAGUGAUUUACCUUACACUGACCUUGAUUUUACUGAUAGCUUCAUCAUAAUAUCUUAUCUAUAUAUUCAUUCUGACUCAAGAAUUACUCUGUAGCAUAUCAGGAAUACCUUGAACUUUCCUUUCCAUUUUAAAAUGCAUUUUCUUUCCAUGUAAAUUAACAGACUCUGAACCAUUGUUUUCAGGGGGAUUAAGAUAAAAAACCUACUAAGGUUUACUUACUAUUGUUCUUGUUACAUGGUUUUUGAGCAGGCAAAAAAGUCUAUGGUUGUCUAUUUCACUUAGGAAAACAAAAUAAAGAAAUAAAACUUCACAGGAGAAUACCUGCAUAUAUAACAAAAGCUAUGAUUAUGUUCCUUAACAAUAUAAUUUUUUUUAACAGAAAAGAUUCAUGAAAAUGUGUUUCUCCUAACAACCCAUAAGCCACUUUCUGAAGUGACAGCUAUUGUUUUUUUCUCUAGAAUUUAUUUUUUCGCUAUUAGAGGAAGCUAAAUUUGGAUAGGGGGCAAUUGAGCUGGUAUCUGUGGAAGAAAGGUAUGAUCUGUACCCCCCAUAAUCCAGACACACCCUGUUGCUGCCACUUUUCUUCUGUAGCACUUUGUUGGCAUUGCAGUGCUGUCUGUGCAGGAGUGUGGGCAGUAUGUCUUUAUCAGACACCUGCCUGAGUGUGUGAUACGCUCUGCUCAAACCCAGCAGGCUUGCAGGGCAAAGUCUUAAAUUUAAAAAAAGAAAGAAAGAA